AUGCGUGCUUCGGCGAUGCUGGGGGCAUUGGACCACACCGCCACGGAUGCCUUGCAGAGCUUCCACGAUGCACUACAGCGGGCGCAGCAGGCACUCCAGCAGGAGGAGUUGCGCCUCGCCCAACUCACACAGACAGUGCGCCAGCAGCAGGAGAGUAACGGCGCCAGACGCGAUGCGAUCCGCAGCCAACAGCAGCAGCGCCUGGAGGCACUACGGCGGGAGAUCAUGCGGGUCCGCUCUCACGUGGAGCGGCAGAAGGAGGAAGCGGAGGCGCAGCAGCAGCACGUUGAGGCGGUUCGGCGGCCGCGGCAGGAGACAGAGGCCGAGAGCCGUGCCCAGAAGAAGUCUCUGGAGCAGCUGCAGCGGCAGUACCUCGCCAACUCCGUGGCUGUGCACGCCGAGCUGCUGCAGUGGUGGCAGCCGCAGAACAGUCUGACCUCGCUGGAGGCGCAGGCGGCCCGCAAGGCGGAGGAGGUGGCGGCUCUGCAGGGCGCCGUGCAGGCGCUGCAGCAGCAGUUGCACGAGUACACAGGGGAGCAGCACGCACCGAGGACAGAGACGUCGCUGCAGGGGCAUGUGCAGGGCGCAAGGGACGAGGCGGCGGCGGUGGCGCCUGGCACAGCCUGCGGCGACGACGCCGUGAGCUCGUCGGCGUGCCUGGAGCAGCAACUUCUGCAGCAGCGGGAGGCGCGGGAGGCGUUUACGCGCCACUCCACCGACGCCCUGACGCUGCGGCGCGGGGAGGUGGAGCGGCUGAAGACACGCCUCAAACAACUCUGCGCCGACGUAGAGGCGGCGGACGCGGCGCAGCAGGUGGCGCAGCAGGAGUUUCACUCCGCCCUGAACCAGCAGAGCGAGGCGCGGCUGCGUUGCGGCGGCUGCGGGAAGGAGAUCGUCGACUCCUUCGUGUCAUGA